UCAGCCUCCUGUAUCAGCUUCUGCCCAGAGGGCAGUCUCCUGGGGAAGCAGCAGGCCCCAAAACAUCAUCUCAUUUACACCACAGUCCACGGGUGGUUCCUGCUGACUCAAAGACACUCACACCAAUUUUGGAACAAUAGCAUUUUCCACCAUGCUCAACCAUCCAGACCAUACCUGAAGACUUGAGAGUUUGUUUGUUCUUCAUAAUGGAAGCCAUGAUGUCUCAGGCUAACUGUACCCAGAACCCAAGUUGUAGAAUCAUGACCUUCUACCCAACUGAAGAAGAGUUUAAUGAUUUUGAGAAAUACAUUAUUUAUAUGGAAUCUCAAGGUGCACACCGAGCAGGUGUGGCCAAGAUAAUCCCCCCCAAGGGCUGGGAAGCCAGGAAGACAUACAAUGACAUCGGUGACAUCCUAAUCCCCAGUCCCCUCCAGCAGGACGUCUUGGGCAGGGCUGGUGUGUUCACUCAGUACUCCAAGAAGAAGAAGGCCAUGACGGUUGGGGAGUAUCGUGACCUGGCGAACAGUGCUAAAUAUCAGGCACCCCCACACUCAGAUGUUGACGAUUUGGAGCGAAAAUUCUGGAAAACCCGGCUCUACAGUUCACCGAUCUAUGGCGCUGAUGUCAACGGCUCCUUAUUUGAUGCAAACACCAAGCAGUGGAACCUCAGACACCUGGGAACCAUUCAGGAUCUGCUGGAGCAGGAGUGUGGGGUGGUCAUCGAAGGCGUCAACACACCCUACCUGUACUUUGGCAUGUGGAAGACCACGUUCGCGUGGCACACUGAGGACAUGGACUUGUACAGUAUCAACUAUGUGCACUUCGGGGAGCCCAAAACGUGGUAUGCAGUGCCCCCGGAGCAUGGCUGGCGCCUGGAACACCUGGCCAAAGAGCUCUUUCCGGCCAGUGCCCACAGCUGCGGGGCCUUCAUGCGGCACAAGGUGGCCCUCAUGUCUCCCACUGUCCUCAGGGACAACAGGAUCCCCUUCAGUCGCGUGACGCAGCAGGCUGGUGAGUUCAUAGUGACAUUUCCGUACGGGUACCAUGCUGGCUUCAACCACGGCUUCAACUGCGCGGAGGCCAUCAACUUCGCCAUGCCGCGCUGGAUCGACUAUGGCAAAGCGGCCUCUCAGUGCAGCUGCGGGGAGGCCAGGGUCAGCUUUCCCAUUGAUGUCUUCGUGCGCACCCUGCAGCCUGAGCGCUAUGAGCUCUGGAAGCGCGGGCAGGACCGGGAGGCAGUGAACCAUGUGGCUCCUGCGGCCGCGGGCAGCCAAGAGCUGGGCACCUGGAAGGAGUUGUGGGCGACCAGGAGAGCCGCACUGGGCCUCCGGGACCUGCCACCCCGCCGCUCACUGAGCCCUGCCAGGCAGGUGGCCGUGGGGCGAAGGGGCCACCGCCGUGCCCCUAGGCUGCCCGCAUCUCGGCGCUGCGUGCGGGCGUCUGAUCCUACCUCUGUGGCUCAGGGCGGGGAUGCCGCUUGUCGGUCCCUGGAGCACGGCUCAGCCCUGCUGACAACCCAGGGCCCAUCUGACCUGGGUCUCCACCCAACUGGCAGGCGUGGUCCUGGCCGUCGUCCUCGGGAGCAGGGGACUCAUGACCUGACUGACCAGGCCCCGGCCAAGAGGCGCCUCUUGCUCAGCACAGCAUUAGCAGCUCAGGAUCCCGACGCUCAGGCCCUUUCUCCAGAUGGACCCUCACUGGACAACCCUGCACCACCGAGCCCUGCGUCCCCGCAUUCUGCUCAGGCUUCCGGGUGCUGCAGUGUCCCUGCACCCUAAGCCCGGGGGGAUGUUUUGGUAGCCCGCUUCUCUUACACGUGGAGGCUCCCUAAGUGUGGGCACGUGUACACCUCAGAGCCUUCACAACGUGCGGUGCUGCCAUGGGACCUGCUGAGUCCAUAUUACUGAUGAAAACAGCUUAUUCUUCCUCCCAGACACCACUAUCUCUUUGGACACUGGAUGCUUGUCUCUGCAAGUGGUGGUAGAGCAGCUUCUUCAAGCAACUCUAUUCAAGCUCUAUUUUACUUCAUGUCAACACCCUCAAUUUGGACCACUCUUCUCAAUAAAAAAUCCCCAUAUCCAGCUGUUACUUCAUGUCUGAUGAGUUUUUGCCAUACUCAAUCUUGGAAAAGCAAAGGACAUUCAUAAUGAAAAUUAUAUAAAGAUAGAAUGACCUUUGUUCUUGCUGCCAUGAUCUUCCAGGCCUCAUUUGUUCUUCUUUUCCCAAUUUCAAUAAUUGUGACAUUAGACUAUUCAUUUGGGAUUGUUCUUCCUUCUUUAAUUAUGCCUGGGUUGCUAUAUACUUUCCUCUUAAGACUGCUUUUGCUGCAUCUCACAGAAGUUGGGGCUUUGUGUUGUUGUUGUCAUUUGUUUCCAUAUAUUGCUUGAUCUCUAUUUUAAUUUGGUCAUUGAUCCAUUGAUUAUUUAGGAGCAUGUUGUUAAGCCUCCAUGUGUUUGCGAGCCUUUUUCCUUUCUUUGUACAAUUUAUUUCUAGUUUU